AGACUUUUUAUGUUCACAACAUAAACAUGGGUUUUAAAUGCCUAAUGUGGAAUAUAAAAUGGGCAAAUACCUUGCAAAUAAGAAAAAAAAGAUAUUUCACUAUUUUAAAAAGUUAAAAGUAAGAUGUAAUUUGUUUACAGGAAACAAAAAGGAAAAAAAUAUUUGAUUCAUAAACAUUUGAGGCAAGAAUUUAUUAUGUCAGGGACAAGUAAGGAAAAUGGAGUUGUUUUGUAUGUAAACCCACAAUUAUGAUAAAAAGGGGUAUUGACUGGUGAUUAUGAUAAAUAUGUGGGGGUUGAAAUUAAUUUGAAUAAACCAAGAUUCCGAUAUAUGCCUCAAAUGAUAACAAAGCUGCAUUCUUUAAAGGACAAUGAAAAACUAAAUAGAUUUGCCAUAUGGAAAUCGGGUUUUUUGGAGACUGAAAUGGCAUAGUUUGCCCACAAAAAUAUAGAAUCUCUGUGAAAGACAUUAGCGAUAGCAAUAGCACUUAGACUUAUAUACAGUGCUUUACAGCCCUCUAAGCGAUUUACAGAGUCAGCAUAUUGCCCCCCACAGUCUGGGUCCUCAUUUUACGGACCUCAGAAGGAUGGAAGGCUGAGUCAACCUUGAGCCAGUCAGGAUUGAAUUCCUGAAGUUAGCAGUAACGUAGACUGCAACGGAUGGCAUUUUUUUUUUAAAAAAUGAUUGAUAACUUUGAAUGUAUAGAGGCAUGGUAACUACAAUACAUUUCUUUGAAAAACACAGAUCUUGCUGAAGAAUAAAUAUGUUUUGGAUUUUAAAAAUCUUGUUACAUGUAUUAGCAAAAUGGAUAUAGUGCCAAUGACUUUCAAUAAUCCAGUGAUUUUAACAUAUAAGAGGAGAGUUAGAACUUAUAAAUGGAAGCUUUGAUUAUAAAUGGAAACUUUGCUACAAAAGAAACCAGUAAUGGAGGAUUGUAAAAAGAAAUUGAAAUAAUUUUUUGAGAUCAAUAUUUAAAAAUUAAUAAUCAGAGUGAACCCAGAACUUUUCUUAUGAACAGCCAAAUAGAAAAUAUUUAUGGAAGAUUUUUUCCCAAUGAUAACAGCAGCAAGGCUAUUACAUGCACAAAGAUGGAAAAAUACUCCCCAAUGGAGAAAUUGACUAUGAAGAAUGGCAGAAUUUGCAGAAAUGGCAAAAGUAACCUGUUUGAUUGGGGAUUAAACAAUAAAUACAUUUAUAAAAGACUAAAGAUCCUUUAUUAACUUUUGAAAAUGAAAAUAAAAUGAGUUAUUUUUGGAUUUGCUGAUUAAAAAGGGUUGACCAUAGGAAGACAGAAAUUAUGUAAUAUAAUCUUGAAGCAGGGAGAAGAAUAGGUCUGUUUGUAACUGUUAUAAAGACAAUCGGAAUUCAUUUCUUUAAAUCAACUUGGCAUUUUUUACUUUAUAGUGUUUCUUGCACUUUUGUCUUUUUCUUAACUUUUCAUUUUUUUCAUGUUAAUCUUUAUUCAUGUUACAAUAUGUUAUAUAUUAGAGGAAUUAUAUAUUAGUGGAAUUUUGCUGCUAGUAUCGGAGUUGGAGAGCAAAAUUGUAGAAUAUGUAAUAGUGGCAAAAUGGAGAAUAUAUCCAUAAUAGAAGUCUAAUCAAGUGUAAAUGGGACUGGCUUCCUUAUGCACUGUAUAUUACAUAGCAAGACAAUUUUAGACUCUUGAAAUAUGAUUAAAAAAAACCAUUAUAAUAGAAAGAUACAUAAACUAAACAAAUAAUAGCAAUCUUCAAGGUUCACUGUAAAGCACAAUAUCCAGAUCGUGGGAAACAAAUGGAAAGAAAUGGCGAAUGUAUUACUAGAAAAUUUUCCCAUGACUUUUUUUUAAUUCUUCAUUUCUCCCUAUUUUAUUCUACUGUUGUAAUCUAAUGUAGACAUUUUUCCUUUUAUUAUAAAUAAUAUAUUUAUAAUAAUAUAAAAUAAUAUAAAAAUAUAUUUCAAAUUAAUCAAAUCUUACAUAAAUGAGUUACACAGACACAUAUGUGCGGACAGUAAGACAGGGGUACACAAUUAAUACAAGCCCUAAUAGGUAUAAUUUAUUCAUGGCUUCUAUGAUUAAGAUUUAAUAGUGUAUUUGUUUGAAAUAGUUGUAAUUGGAAACGUUAAAGCCUAGUCUCAUUUAAAACUCCUAUCAGAACCAUAAUUGACUUUAAUUUGGUAACUCAGCUGUUUUAGUUCUAAGCAUUUGCUUUUUUUUCCAUGUCACUUAUGUUGAUAGUAUAUGUGUUAGUGAUACUGCAUGGGUGGGCCAAUAGCUAUUUGAUUGGCAGGGACAGUCUGUCGCUAUAGUCAUUUAUAAUUCCUGUCUAUGCUAGGAUAGCUUGCACUUCACUUAGCAGCAGACAGGUCAAGACACUUACUAGAAGAGACUGAGACAAAGGCAAAGAAGGCCCUGAAAAGCUGAAUCUCUGCUUUAGAAUCCUCAGUUGUACCAGAUACUUUUUGUAUUACUAUUUUUUAGUAAUGCCUUUUGAUUGCAAAUAAUUUUGGACCAAGAGACAGUAGUAUAAUGUCAAAACCAGGGAAAACUCCCUUAAAUCAUGGCUUGGUUUCUUUUGAUCUCCCAAAUACAAAAGAGCCUUUGCCACACCAAACUGUGAUGAAGAUAUUUAGCAUCAGCAUCAUUACCCAAGGUCUUCCUUUUUGUCGUAGACGGAUGAAAAGAAAGUUAGACCAUGGCUCGGAGGUCCGUUCUUUCUCACUGGGAAAGAAGCCCUGUAAAGUCUCAGAAUAUACAAGCACUACUGGGCUUGUGCCUUGUUCAGCAACACCAACUACAUUUGGAGAUCUGAGAGCAGCCAAUGGUCAAGGACAGCAACGCCGUCGCAUUACAUCUAUCCAACCGCCAACUGGGCUUCAGGAAUGGCUGAAAAUGUUUCAGAGCUGGAGUGGACCGGAGAAGUUGCUUGCCUUAGAUGAAUUGAUUGAUAGUUGUGAACCUACCCAAGUGAAACAUAUGAUGCAAGUGAUCGAACCCCAGUUUCAAAGAGAUUUCAUUUCCUUGCUCCCCAAAGAGCUGGCUCUAUAUGUGCUUUCUUUCCUGGAUCCCAAGGACUUGCUGCAGGCAGCACAAACAUGUCGAUACUGGAGAAUUCUGGCAGAAGACAAUCUUCUAUGGAGAGAGAAGUGCAGAGAAGAAGGAAUUGAUGAACCGUUACAUAUCAAGAGGAGAAAAGUAAUAAAACCAGGCUUUAUUCAUAGCCCAUGGAAAAGUGCUUACAUCAGACAGCACAGAAUUGAUACUAACUGGCGGCGAGGUGAACUUAAAUCUCCUAAGGUGCUCAAAGGUCAUGAUGAUCAUGUAAUCACAUGUCUACAGUUUUGUGGUAACCGAAUAGUCAGUGGUUCUGAUGAUAAUACAUUAAAGGUUUGGUCAGCAGUUACAGGAAAGUGUUUAAGAACACUUGUUGGACAUACAGGUGGGGUCUGGUCUUCACAGAUGAGGGACAAUAUAAUCAUCAGUGGAUCUACAGACCGGACCCUGAAAGUGUGGAAUGCAGAGACCGGAGAAUGUAUACAUACAUUAUAUGGGCAUACCUCAACUGUGCGUUGCAUGCAUCUCCAUGAAAAAAGAGUUGUCAGUGGGUCUCGAGAUGCCACCCUGAGAGUUUGGGACAUAGAAACAGGCCAGUGUUUACAUGUUCUGAUGGGUCAUGUAGCUGCAGUCCGAUGUGUACAAUAUGAUGGCAGGAGGGUUGUUAGUGGAGCUUAUGAUUUCAUGGUCAAGGUUUGGGAUCCAGAAACUGAAACCUGUCUACACACCUUGCAAGGGCAUACUAAUAGAGUCUAUUCAUUACAGUUUGAUGGUAUCCAUGUGGUGAGUGGAUCUCUUGACACUUCAAUCCGAGUUUGGGAUGUGGAAACAGGAAAUUGCAUUCACACAUUAACAGGUCACCAGUCAUUAACAAGUGGAAUGGAACUCAAAGACAACAUUCUUGUGUCUGGGAAUGCAGAUUCUACCGUCAAAAUCUGGGAUAUCAAAACAGGACAGUGUUUACAGACGUUACAAGGUCCCAACAAGCAUCAAAGUGCUGUGACCUGUUUACAGUUCAACAAGAACUUUGUAAUUACCAGCUCAGAUGAUGGGACUGUAAAAUUAUGGGACUUAAAAACGGGUGAAUUUAUCCGAAAUCUAGUUACAUUGGAAAGUGGAGGAAGUGGAGGUGUUGUAUGGCGGAUCAGAGCCUCCAACACAAAGCUAGUGUGUGCAGUUGGAAGCCGGAAUGGGACUGAGGAAACCAAGCUGCUGGUAUUGGACUUUGAUGUGGAUAUAAAGUGAAGCUUGAAAAGAUUAUUUUGUCCAGAAAUGCAAAUGAUGUUCUUGUCCUUUCUCCCUCCCUCUACAAAAAGGAAAAAACAAAACAAAACCCUUGUCCUUGGUGGUGCAGGAUGUUGGCUUGGGGCAACAGAUCCUAAAGACCUACAGGCUACAAAAGAGAAGACACAAAAUUGAAAACUGUAACUGACAAAAGAGGCAUUUGCUUUUCUCUUUACAUCAAAGACUUCACCUUGGAAAGGGCCAGCUUUGCAAAAUGUGACUUUCUGUAUCAAGCCAGGUGCAAUUAUUUCUUUUCUGUUUUCCUCUCAAUGAUCACUGAGCUUUGUUGAGAUGUAGAAGUUGUUACAAUUCUUGUUAAUCCUGUUCUUUUACUCUACCUUAUUCUAGAAAGGAGAUUCAUAUCUCCAUUAUCAGUUAUUGUCUUUCAAACAAGACAGCAUCUGGGAAAGCAGAGUCCUUUAUGUGUGGAAAAGCUAAACUUACUGUGAAUUGUUUUGUACAGUUUUACAGCUUUUUUUUUUUUUUGCCAACCAUUGCCAAUGUCAAUCACAGUAUUAGUCUUUGUUGAUCUCUUUUACUCUUGCUUCCAUCUAUGUUCUUCAAUGCAUAAGUUACUCUGAGGUGGCAAAUUGUCCUGGAUUUGAAGAUUUCUCAGAUGGAUUUAAUAUAUGAUGCUGGUGCUAGAAGUAGGUCUUCAAUUAUGGGAUUGUUGUCCCAGCCCUGUACUGUAUUCCCAGUGGCCAAACUUAUUUAUGCUGCUAAAUGAAAGGAAAAAAAAAUAUUUUUAUUUUUUUUCUGCUGUGACGUUUUAGUCCCAGACUGAAUUCCAAAUUUGCUCUAGUUUGGUUACAGAGAAGAGACUUUUUUGCCACUGAAACUUGAGCCAACUGUGCCUCUAAGAGGCUGUGAAUGGAAAAGUUUCAGACAGUUUAGAGUGAAGUUUGCUUGCAAGUAAAGAGAGUGUGUGCAACGCUUAUUUUCUUUUUUCUUUUUUUUUCUUUUUUCCUGGACAAAAAUUAAAAUACAUUCCUUAGAACAAAGCUCUUGCAGCCUGUUCUGUGGGGAAGUUUCUUUGUGAGGGCUGUGGUGAAUGGAAUAAACAGACACGAAACUGACAAUAUAUUUAAAAAAAUAUUCGAAAGUGAAAACAAAAUUGCUGGUCGGUUGUAGUGUUUUACAGAAUUUGAGAAUAGCUGUUACAGUUGGGUGAGUAACUGACAAAGCAAAAAUGCUUCAGUUUUUCUGUUAAAGUUGUCAUAUAAAAAAGAAUGCAAUUGUCAAAUUGAUUUGCCUCAUUCUCCAAGAGCCACAACUCAAGUUGAACUGUGAAAGUGGUUUAACACUGUAUCCUAGCUGAUCUUUUUUUUCCUCCUUUUUUGUUUUAUUUAUAGUCUGUUUCUUUUAAAGAAAUCAGAUUUCAAUUUGUUAAUUUUAGAUAUGUAACAACCUGACAGGAUGGAGGAAAAACCUUUAAAGGGAUUGUGUCUAUGAUUUGAUUCACUUAGAAAUUUUAUUUUCUUAUAAAUUAAGUGCAAUAAAAUGUGUUUUUUUCAUGUUAAAAA